AUGAAUAUCACAUUUCCGUCGCCAGCUGUAGAUUGGACUCCGGAAAAUGGAUACCCUGACGAUGCUCCACAUGACGGAUUUCCAUGGAAACCUCAAGGAAUCGGUACGGACCAUGGAUUGACAUUAAUACUAGAUGCAAAUAUUGCUGAAUACUACUGUGCUUCUACCAAAAGCGUAGGAUUUAAAAUUCUCUUGCAUAAUCCCACUGAAACCCCUAAGAUUGCUAAAUUAGGAGAAAUUUAUGGACCAGGAAUUGAAGCUAGAGUUGCUGUAAAGCCACGGAUAUUGGACGCACAACCUGCCUUGAAAUACAUUGACGUUAGUAAGAGAUUUUGCCUGUUUUCAAGUGAGCGGAAUUUGGGUUUCUACAGAACAUACACCUUCAAAAAUUGUCAAAUGGAAUGCGAAGCACGACGAAUGUUGGAAAUAUGCAAAUGUGUCCUUUAUUACAUGCCAAAAAACAAAACCACGCGGAUAUGUGGCAAAGCCGAUGCAAAGUGCUAUAGCGACAUAUGGAAAUAUUUUCCUAAAAAUAAUAACCAAUCAUGCGAAGAUUGCCUUCCCUCUUGUACAGAAAUAUCAUACUUAGAAAGACUAAGCACAGCACCACUGAAUAAGAACCUCAUAAUUAAUUACGCGCAAAGCCUACAAAUGUCGCGUAACAUGACAUCGGAAUAUUUCACAGCAAAUAUGUUAGUCAUACAUUUCUACUUUGAAGACAAGACAUUCCUUAGGUUCACUAAAGGGGAAAUAUUUGGUUUGACAGAGUUUCUUUCUAAUACGGGCGGCUUAUUGGGUCUUUGCAUGGGUUUCAGUAUGAUGAGUGUUGUAGAACUAUUGUACUUUUUGACAUUACGAGCCAUGUGUGUCGCACGACGAAGACAACGAGUUCGACCAUUUGUCAAAUAA